AUGGCUGCCUUAGCAACUGCUGAAGCUUGUGAUACGAAUACAGCCCUUUUAGGAAGUGGAGAUUUGCGUGUUCUGCCACCAAUAUUCCAGAUAUACGGACAAUGCCGAGCAUUCUCAGGCCCCAUUGUCACACUUAAGGUAUUCGAGGACAAUGUUUUAGUAAGACAGCUUCUGGAAACCAGAGGUGAGGGAAGAGUUUUAAUAAUUGAUGGUGGAGGAAGCAUGAGAUGUGCUUUGGUUGGGGGAAAUUUGGGACAGUUGGCUCAAAACAUGGGAUGGGCUGGUAUUGUGGUAAAUGGCUGCAUCAGAGAUAUAGAUGAGAUAAACGGAUGUGAUAUUGGGGUGAGAGCUUUGGCAUCUCAUCCGGUGAAAUCAAGCAAAAAAGGCAUUGGCGAAAAGCAUAUUCCGAUCAACAUUGCAGGAACCUUGAUUCGUGAAGGCGAAUGGUUGUAUGCAGAUAGUGAUGGCAUCCUCAUCUCCACAUCUGAAUUGUCUCUUUGA